UCUUUAUAUAAACCCACCUCCCAUUCCACUUCUUUCCACAAAGUUGAUUCAUUUAUUCAGUUUAAGAGAGAAGGUUGGAGUCUCUAUAGCUUUUUAAUUGCAUCAACUUGAAGCAAUGGAGGCAAUGAAAAUGAAUUUACUUGUGGUGUUGAUGGCGGCUUUGAUGAUGGUGGUGGCCAUCUCUUCAGUGCAAGCUGCCGAUGCUCCUGCUCCAAGUCCAACUUCUGAUGCAGCUGUUUUUUUGCCAACUUUCAUUGCCUCUUUCAUGGCUUUGGCAUUUGGGUUCUUCUUUUGAGCCAGUUUGAGAUAGCUUUUCUUUCUUCAAGAGGGGGGAACCAUGUAGACAGUCCAUUGUUUAUGUUAUUAUGGGGUUGGUUUGUCUCUUUUGUUUCUUCUCAUCUCUCUUUUGUAUGCUAUUUUGUUGUUGAAUGAGUACACAAAGAGAGUGAGAAGAUAGAGGGUCAUGGAGGAAUUUGGGUUGAGAUUUUUAAUUUUUUUUUUUUAUUAUUUAUUUCUUUUGAGAGAAUUAGUUUUAAUAUUAAUGUUAAUGUGGGUGUGAUUGAUUGUAUUAUAUAUGACUUAAUAUAUGAAUUUAUGUAUUGAAUUUGUGUUAUUUAGGCUAAUAAGGAGAUAUUAGAGGUGGAUUGGAAUA